CAGCCCCAACCUUUGGGUGGAUGCCCAGAGCACCUGUGAGCGUGAGUGCGUCAGGGACCAGGACCAGUUGUUCUCAGGACCAGGAAGGUCAAAAGGCAGGGAGGUUCACACGUGGACAUCUGCCCUGCAGCCCUACCCUGCACCACCUGCAGUGGUCUUGAGCACAUUGUACGUGGCCCCCCCCUCACCCCUGCCCUGGGCCUUGGUUUCCUUGUCGGUGUGAUGAAACCGGCUCUGUGGGGUGAGGACCUGAGGAUUCAGUGAGCUUCAGUGAUGUGACACGCUCGACAGGGUCUCAUUGUAGUUAGAGCAUGGGAAGGAAAUUUCUGGAAAUGUGUUGGGCUUUCCCCGGGGGGAGACAGGUUCCGGGAAGGGCAGCUGGGGCUCAGCUCCCUCUGAACAAGCUGACAGGCGGAGCUAGGGUGCUCACUGAGCUGCUCCCCACUCCCCAGGACUGUGAGGCCGCCGAGAAGUGCUGUACCAACGUGUGCGGGCUACAGAGCUGUGUGGCGGCGCGCUUCCCUGGCGGCCCAGCGGUGCCCACGCUGCUGGCCUCGUGUGAGGGCUUCACGUGCCCUCAGCAGGGCUCCGACUGCGACAUAUGGGACGGGCAGCCCGUGUGCCGCUGCCGGGACCGCUGCGAGAAGGAGCCCAGCUUCACCUGUGCCUCGGACGGCCUCACCUACUACAACCGCUGCUACAUGGAUGCGGAGGCCUGCCUCCGCGGCCUCCGCCUGCACGUGGUGCCCUGCAAGCACGUCCUCAGCUGGGCGCCCAGCAGCCCAGGGCCCCCAGAGCCCACGGCCCGCCCCACACCUGGGGAUGCCCCCACGCCGCCUGCCCUCUACAGCAGCCCCGCCCCACAGGCGGUGUUCGUAGGGGGCACCGCCAGCCUCCACUGUGACGUCAGCGGCCGCCCGCCACCCGCCGUGACCUGGGAGAAGCAGAGCGACCAGCGGGAGACGCUGAUCAUGCGGCCAGACCAGAUGUAUGGCAACGUGGUGGUCACCAGCAUCGGGCAGCUGGUGCUUUACAAUGCCCGGCCCGAGGACGCAGGUCUCUACACCUGCACGGCACGCAACGCCGCUGGCCUGCUGCGGGCCGACUUCCCGCUCUCCGUGGUCCGGCGGGAGCCGGUUGGGGCCGGGGCGCCCACGGCCUCUGGCCCGGCCGAGUGCCUGCCUGACCUGCGGGCCUGCAGCAGCACGGCCCCCGGCCUGGUCCUCUGGCACUUUGACCCACAGCGGGGAGGCUGCAUGACCUUCCCCGCCUGCAGCUGUGAGGGAGGCGGCCGCGGCUUCGAGACCUACGAGGCAUGCCAGCAGGCCUGCGCCCAGGGCCCUGGCGACGCCUGUGCGCUGCCGGCCGUGCAGGGCCGCUGCCAGGGCUGGGAGCCGCGCUGGGCCUACAGCCCGCUGCUGCAGCAGUGUCACCCCUUCGUGUAUGGUGGCUGCGAGGGCAAUGGCAACAACUUUGAGAGCCGCGCGAGCUGUGAGGACGCCUGCCCUGUGCCGCGCACGCCGCCCUGCCGGGCCUGCCGCCUUCGCAGCAAGCUGGCGCUCAGCCUGUGUCGCAGCGACUUCGCCAUCGUGGGGCGGCUCACCGAGGUGCUGGAGGAGCCCGAGCCGGGGGGCGGUGGCAUUGCCCGCGUGGCCCUGGACGAGGUGCUCAAGGACGACAAGAUGGGCCUUAGGUUCUUGGGCACCAAGUACCUGGAGGUGACGCUGAGCGGCAUGGACUGGACCUGCCCCUGCCCCAACGUGACAGCCGGUGACGGCCCGCUGGUUAUCAUGGGUGAGGUGCGAGACGGCGUGGCUGUGCUGGAUGCUGGCAGCUAUGUCCGCGCUGCGAGCGAGAAGCGUGUCAAGAAGAUCUGGGAGCUGCUCGAGAAGAAGGCCUGCGAGCUGCUGAACCGCUUCCAGGACUAACCCCGCCCGCCCUGCCUUCCUGUACCGCUGAAUAAAAGUCAGGGCUUCCCCAGA